AUGACGAAAUAAUUCUGCGACCUAAACGUAAUUCAUUCAACAGCGGCCUGUGUUCUCACUUGUACGCUGCAAUUUUUCUGAAUUUGGUGGAGGAUUUGUCUCUACAGUCCAUCACUAACAUGAAACUAGUCCGGUUUUUGAUGAAACUCAGUCACGAGACUGUAACCAUCGAACUAAAAAAUGGCACCCAAGUCCACGGCACUAUUACAGGUGUGGAUGUGAGCAUGAACACUCACCUGAAGGCGGUGAAGAUGACCCUGAAGAACAGGGAGCCCACCCAGCUGGAGUCCCUCAGCAUCCGUGGCAACAACAUCCGCUACUUUAUCCUGCCAGACAGCCUGCCUCUGGACACCCUGCUGGUGGACAUAGAGCCCAAAGUCAAGUCCAAGAAGAGAGAAGCAGUGGCUGGACGUGGGCGAGGCCGGGGCCGUGGCCGUGGCAGGGGAAGAGGCAGAGGCCGGGGUGGUCCCAGGAGAUAAUCUGUAGAUGCAGCCUCAAUCAUCUCCCACUGAUUGUACAGGACCUUUUUUUCUUGUUUUGUCAAAGGAAAUCUUUGAAUUCAUACCCUUGUCGUUUUGAUUUUUGUACAUUAAAAUGUUCCUUUGGAUAAAAAAAAAAGUGAGCCUC